AGCGCGAUGGCGGCGGCUCCUUUAGGCAGCUGAAGGGGGAUUUAGGCCCGGAAGAUCCGAGUCCAUCCGCGGCGGGGAGAGGGUGAGCGGGGCCGGCAGGGGCCGGAGCAGCGGCGGCGGUGCUCGGACUGUCCCAUCCGCCCCGUAUUGAGGCGCUGAGAGCGACGGGGCAACCAGAAAGCGAUGGUGAAAGCGGGGCCGUGAGGGGGGCGGAGCCGGACCGGACCCGCAGUAGCGGCAGCAGCGGCGCCGCCUCCCGGGGCUCAGACCCAGGAAGCGGCCGGGCGGGCAGCAGUACGGACAUUGCUGCAGGAGAAGAAGUUGCCAUCAAGCUUGAAUGUGUCAAAACCAAACAUCCUCAACUCCACAUUGAGAGCAAGAUCUACAAAAUGAUGCAGGGAGGAGUGGGCAUCCCUACCAUCAGAUGGUGUGGGGCUGAGGGGGACUACAAUGUCAUGGUGAUGGAGCUACUAGGACCGAGCCUAGAAGACCUCUUCAACUUCUGUUCAAGGAAGUUUAGUCUCAAAACUGUCCUGUUGCUUGCUGACCAAAUGAUAAGUCGUAUUGAGUACAUUCAUUCGAAGAAUUUUAUCCACCGAGAUGUGAAGCCAGAUAACUUCCUCAUGGGGCUGGGAAAGAAAGGCAACCUGGUCUACAUCAUUGACUUUGGUCUGGCCAAGAAGUACCGAGACGCCCGCACCCACCAGCAUAUCCCUUAUCGAGAGAACAAGAAUCUCACAGGGACGGCGCGCUAUGCCUCCAUCAACACACAUCUUGGCAUUGAACAAUCUCGAAGGGAUGACUUGGAGUCUCUGGGGUACGUGCUGAUGUACUUCAACCUGGGCUCUCUCCCCUGGCAGGGGCUGAAGGCCGCCACCAAGAGGCAGAAGUAUGAGAGGAUCAGUGAGAAGAAGAUGUCCACUCCCAUUGAAGUGCUGUGCAAGGGCUAUCCUUCUGAAUUUGCCACAUACCUGAAUUUCUGCCGUUCCUUACGUUUUGAUGACAAACCUGACUACUCCUACCUGAGACAGCUCUUCAGAAAUCUGUUCCAUCGCCAGGGCUUCUCCUAUGACUAUGUGUUCGACUGGAACAUGCUCAAAUUUGGUGCCAGCCGAGCUGCAGAUGAUGCUGAGCGGGAACGCCGGGACAGAGAGGAGCGAUUAAGACACUCCCGUAAUCCAGCCACCCGUGGCCUCCCUUCUACAGCUUCCGGCCGUCUUCGGGGAACCCAGGAAGUGGCUCCCCCAACGCCCCUUACCCCUACCUCACACACGGCCAACACCUCUCCUAGGCCUGUCUCUGGCAUGGAACGAGAACGGAAAGUGAGCAUGCGGCUGCACCGUGGGGCACCAGUCAACGUCUCCUCAUCUGAUCUCACGGGCCGACAAGAUACCUCUCGAAUGUCCACCUCACAGAGGAGCAGGGACGUGGCGUCUCUCCGGCUGCAUGCGGCCCGCCAAGGUGCCCGCUGCCGUCCCCAGCGCCCACGACGUACCACCUACUGAGGCGGCCCCAGCGGCCUCUGACCGGGCUUCCAGCCACGCAGGCCGCCACUGGCCACAGGGCAGAUCCACUUUGGAAUGACACGGUUCCCACCCCGCCACCUCUCCCCGCAAAACACUGACCGCUGACCAGGCAGCCAGAGCUGAGCCGAUGAUGGCCCCGCCUCAGCUGGUCCUGUUUGUGAAAUAAAUAUGAGCGUUGCCAGUC